AGCCAGCUUCUGUUUGCACUGGUCUUCACGACACGAUACCUGGACCUUUUUACUUCUUUUAUCUCAUUGUAUAACACAUCCAUGAAGCUCAUCUACAUUGCCUGCUCCUAUGCGACCGUGUACCUGAUCUACAUGAAGUUCAAGGCCACCUAUGAUGGCAAUCACGACACCUUCCGGGUGGAGUUUCUAGUGGUCCCCGUGGGAGGCCUCUCGUUCCUGGUCAAUCAUGACUUCUCACCUCUGGAGAUUCUCUGGACCUUCUCCAUCUACCUGGAGUCCGUGGCCAUCCUGCCUCAGCUCUUCAUGAUCAGCAAGACCGGCGAGGCGGAGACCAUC